AUGCCGCCUAAAAGAGUUCUUAUAUGUGGUGCAGGAGUAGCAGGUUCGAUAUUAGCUUUUUGGCUCGCCAAACAUGACUUCCAAGUGGUCGUCGUCGAACGAUCGAAAGCCGAACAGAAAGCUGGACAAGGACUCGAAAUUGAAGAACCAGCAUUGAAGGUUGUGAAGUUGAUGGGCAUCCUGGAUAAGCUCAAUGAGAAGAAAACUGGUGAGAUGGGAUUCGAUCUCGUCGACCAGCAAGCUCGUUCAUAUGGCAUUUUCGAGGUCGGUGGCAUUAGUCCUACAGGUACCCUCGAACUCAUGCGAGGUGACCUGACUGAAAUUCUCUACAAAACUGCCGACGAAUCCGCCAAUGUCACCUUCCAAUUUGAGACAACAAUUCAGAGCCUAAGACAAACACAAGAUAAAGUCAUCGUCGACCUAGAAAGCAGAAACAACAAAACCAUCAAGGUAGAGAAUUUCGAUUUUGUGGUAGGCGCUGACGGGGUAAAAUCCCGCACGAGACAACUCGUUAUGGGUUUGCCUGAGAAGCUCAAGUGUUUCAAGUCUGUCGGCGCGUUUGUUGCAUACUUCUCGAUCCCCAAAGAAGUUCAAGAUUGGCCCUACUCCCGACUAUGCCAUUUCACAAACCGGCGAAUUCUAUGGAUACGGCCAAUAGGAAAGGAUUCUAAGAUGACAUCUGUACAUCUUAUUCACGGUCAUGAGGACGUUCCCACCCUACGUCGAGCAAACGCUGCUGGGGACAGACUGAAGCAAAAAGAAGCUUUCGCUGAAUUGUACAGUGGCCUAGGCUGGGAGACACCACGGGUCAUCGAGCAGAUGAUGAGAGCCGAGAAUUUUUAUUCCGACGAGCUUGUGCAGGUCAAACUUCAGAAGUGGUCUCAGCACCGGGUCGUGCUCCUUGGUGAUGCAGCUUGGGCUCCGACUCCAUUUACUGGCGAAGGAAAUCAGCUGGCGAUUAUAGGUGCUUGGGUACUAGCUCAGGAAUUGUCAAGAAAUCGAAAUCCGGUGGCAUUUGAGACGUAUGAGAAGAGACUGCGCUCAUAUGUGGACAAUGCUCAGAGCAUACCACUUGGCGGCUAUGCACCAUACAUUUUCAACCCGCAGACUACUUGGGGCAUUUGGCUGCUUCGGACGAUCGUCCGUCUUUUUUCAUGGACGAUCCGUUUCCUUUCGUGGACGAACUUGGCAGGGAUGUUGCCAGAUCAGCAGCAAAAUGAUUUUGAUUUGGAGAUUGAGGAGGCUGAAGCAAAAGUGGCACGGUGA